AUGGCCGACGAAAUUGAUCGUUUGCGGGAAAAAUUGAUUGCAGGGCGGGUUGAAAGAAAAUAUUUACUUAAACGAUUGUUUCAGUUAAUUGUAUCUCGCCUAGAUCAGAGUGAUAGCAUGUCUGCAGCUAAUUUACCAUUUAACGUUAAUACCACAACUCAUUUACCCGAUGAUUUUGUCACUCCAUAUAUGGCUAGAGUAUUUCUUGGCACUGAAAUUAGUAAAUCAACUUUACCAAUACCUCCAGCUAAGUCGAAAGGCAAGAGAAAAAUUAAAAAACUGACUUUGGAAGAUAUCAACAACGUUUUAAUGAAAGGUGCAAAGACCAAAGCAAAGAAAUCGAAAUCAACUGUUAAAGUUCCUAUAGAUCCAAUAGAGCUUGAUGCUUCUGGAAAACCUGUCAUACCGAUAGUUAUAAACGAACUAAGAGUUCACAGCUUGGGUAAAAUAGUCCACGACAAAGAUAGCUAUCAUUCAGAAAGUUUUAUUUAUCCUGUCGGUUACUGUAGCUCUAGAAGUUACCCAUCAACCACUGCGCCAGCCGAAAAUAUAAAUUAUAUGUCUACUAUUAGCGAGGGCAAUACCGAACCAAAAUUUGAAAUAUCCCUGGCAGAUGCUGCCGAUGUUAUAUUUCAGGCAUCUUCUCCUGACAAGUGUGUAGCAAAACUGAAUAAGGUUAUUCUUGAAGAAAUUCAGAAGUUUCCAGAUAAAGAAAUUAGUUUCAUUCCGUUAUCCGGUCCCGAAUUUUUUGGAAUUUCGAUACCGGUAAUACAGAAUCUGAUUCAGAACUGUCCUGGAGCUAAAAAGUGUACGAGAUAUAACUGGAUACGUUUUGAAGUUAAGAAGAAAUUGCCCAUUCCCAGUAAAGAAGAUCAGAGAGAAAAUAAUGAAAAGCCUGUUAAGGUUGAAGAUCAACAGACUGUAGCAGGUGAACCGAGUCACAAUGAAUCCAAUGUCGAAAAUAGUGAACUACAGCAAGCUACCUCUAGCCCCUUGAAUAAUACUACGAAACAAGUAGACCAAAGUUCCGAUGAAUCUGAUAAUGAUCAAUUGAUGAUAGAACUUGACACUUCUUAG